ACGAAAGAUCGUUGAAUGGGCUGGCGAGUCGUAGGCGUGUCGACGGUGCACACACGGGGCCUCCUUCUCGUUCUCCUGGUAGGCUUCGCCCGCACCAGGGCGGAAAUGCUGGAAACGAUAGCUCAAUGGCCACUUCUGGACUUCGCCCUUCCUUACGAUCGAGAGUUCCUGAAUCAGUAUCGUCCCGAGAACGUGGUGCCUACUGGUAUCACGGUCGGCUGGGACAAGAUCUUCGUCAGCAUCCCAAGAUUGCGCGACGGCGUACCGUCGACCUUGAACUACAUACCGAGAAACAUUCCUUUGAAUAGCAGCCCUCAGCUCCAGGCCUACCCAUCCUGGGAUUGGCACAGUGCUGGCAAGGGAGACCUGAACUGCUCGAAACUCAUCUCCGUCUACAGGACGCGACUCGAUAGGUGCAACAGGCUGUGGGUCGUCGACAGUGGAGUAAUGACCUCGAUCGACGACUUCAGGCCUGUUUGCCGACCGAAAAUCCUGGUCUUCGACCUGCAAACUGACACGGUGGUGCGACAGUUCACCUUCCCUCGAGAGGCUUUAAGACCCAACACGCUGCUGACGAACGUCCUGAUCGACGAUGUUUCAGCGACCACCUGCGACGACGUGUUCCUUUACAUAACCGACACGGCAGGACCUGGCAUCCUGGUCUUCGACGGCGCGACGGACAGAAGCUGGCGCGUCACGCACGCCACUAUGUACCCGCAUCCAGAUUUCUCCACUUACAGGAUCGGUAGCGACACGUUCGAGUUACUGGACGGUGUCGUGGGAUUGGCGUUUUCUGCGAGAUUAGGAUUGGUGUAUUAUCAGCCGCUGGCGACCGACAGGAUCUUCAGCGUGCCGACCACGGCACUUCAAGCGGGUCCACCGCCGUUUGGCGAGCAAUUGCCGGUGACUUUGGUCGGCAGAAAGUCCAGUCAAGGUCUCGCGUUGGCCGUCGAUCCACGAGACGACAAGAUCCUCUUCUCGCCGUUCACGGAAACCGCGAUCGCCGCCUGGCAGCCGCAGACCAACCAGCAGAGGAUCCUGGCUUUCAGUCCAGAGAAGCUGCAAUUCGUCGCUGAGCUUCGCUGGGCAGACCGCGACAAUGGCAACAUUUGGGUGUUGACAUCCAGGUUUCAGAAAUUCUUCCGGCGGGAGGUGAACGCGCGCGACAUCAACAUUCGGAUCAUGAGGAUGAUUCCCGAGCCCCGUUCGCUGAAAAACGCAGCGCUUGCUUCGUACCAACAACAACGGUUUCCACUGUAUUUCUACAAUAAUACACGCCAGCGAGUGCAUCGCGAGAUAAAUCAUACCAGAAGACGUCUUCGAACCGAUAACAUCAUUUGCGCUCGUAGCACGGAGAUGAAUCCGUUUUGCUGGACGAUCCUGCUGAUCGUAUCGAUUUCCGGUGCGCGCACGUACGAGAAGCUGAGGAGCAUCUACGCGUGGAAGAGAUUGGAAUACGCGUUUCCAAACGAGCUUGCCAGGCAGAACGCCAUCAAAAGUGGAGAGUUCGUACCUGGUGCUGCUGUGCCCAUCGACGUCGACGUUUACAACGGAGGCCACCAGUCGAGGGUCUUUGUCACCACACCGAGGAUCGAGAACGGUAUACCUGCUACGUUAGGCUGCGUCAUCGAUGACCAGACGCUGGAUGGGAAUCCCAUGAUCGCGCCGUACCCGAAUUGGGGUUACAACUCUCUGGGAAACUGCGACUCGAUCACCAGUGUCUACAGAAUGAAGAUAGACGAGUGCGGUCGCCUGUGGGUGCUCGACACAGGAAAGGUAGGGGACAACUACGUUUGUCGGCCACAGAUCCUCGUGUUCUCUUUGGAAACGAACGAGUUGAUCUCCAGGUACAGAUUUCCCCGGGAUCAGUACAAGGACGACUCUCUCUACGUCACCGUAGCCGUCGACGUCCGCGAUCCUCAUCAGCAGUGCAAAGACACGUUCGCCUACAUCGCCGACGUCACAGGAUUCGCGUUGAUCGUUUACGAUUACCGCAACUCGCGAUCCUGGAAGAUCGUCAACAACUUGUUUUACCCCUAUCCACCGUACGGCACCUUCAACAUCAGGGGUGAAACGUUCGAUUUGAUGGACGGCAUCCUGGGACUCGCCCUGGGACCCAUGCACCACGGUGACAGAACUCUUUACUUCCAUUCUUUGGCCAGCAGGGUCGAGUCGUGGGUGCCUACGUCGGUGAUUAGAAAUCACACCAUGUUUGACGGGAACGCGGAGGCUUCGGCAAGGUCGUUCGUUCCGUUUACGUUGGAGAGAUCAUCCCAGUCGGCAGCACAGGCCAUGGAUCGUAACGGAGUCCUCUUUUACGGUUUGUUAUCGGAACUGUCGAUUGGAUGUUGGAACAGCAAAAGUUACCCCGAGUACGGAGGUAGUCAUAACGAGGUCGUCGUCACUGACCCUGAGACCUUGCAGUUCCCUGCUGGUAUGAAGAUCAUAACUUCGAAGAACGACAGGCAGGAGAUCUGGAUCCUGACGGCGUCCUUCCAAAAGUACAUGACUGGUUCGUUGAAUUCGAACGAGACGAACUUCAGGAUCCUGGCUGGCUUCGUGGAAGAAUUGGUCCGUGGCACUAAAUGCGACGUGGUUGCAACUUCGAUUCGAAACGUGGCUAGUUCUCACUAUAAAUGAAGAUCGUGGCACCGCGAGCAAUCUUCCAGCUACCACCGCGAGGGUUUGUCGCCAUAUUGGCGGUACUCCUUCUUCGCGAGCAGACCGUUCAAGUAUUUUUAUCCUCGCGAUCGCUAUUUCUAUUCGCAAAAGUAUUUCGAGAGCUUCCAUU